UUGUAUAUUGUUUUUAAUGUAAACGCAACCAUGUAUUAUGUCUUUUUAGGUCUGAUGGAGCCUGUUAAUGACCUGCAAUAUCCUGCACUUUUGAAGUCCGAAUGCGAUGAGGUCAAUUUAAAACCAACGGAAGUCUAUCUUCCGAGCUCAACAAAUCUAGACAAUCUGCUCUCCUUGUUUAAAUCGGUCGCUGACCUUUCUGCUAUAGCUUACGAUGUUGACUUCUUGGUUGAUGGAAAGUUGCUGCGCGAAACGCUUCAAGAACAUUUCAUCGCUUACGAUUUAAGUACUGAACAGCCUGUAAGCGUAGAAUUGAUAAAGAAGACGUCAGCACCAGAUCGCAAACCAGAUAUAAAUGCCGACGAUUGGAUUUCGUGUAUAACCGAAUUCCGAAACUGUAUUUAUUUUGGAUGUAGUGAUAACUCGGUUUGUUUUGUCAAUGAUUGCGAAUCGAAAUUACUUUACAAAACGAAAUAUGCUGUCCAAUCUGUUGACGCUGCUUCAUGUAUGCUUGCUGUUGGUAGCCGCUCCUCGACGAUUGAUGUUCUUGAUAUUGCCGAUGCGGAUGUUGAAAAAACAGCAAAAUUGAAGUGGACUUUGAAAGGCCAUAACGGCCCUGUUGCUUCCAUCGCUUUUGAGAAAUCCGGAGAGAGGCUAGCAAGUGUAGGUCAAGACGGAAUGCUGAAGAUUUGGUCGACCGUUGAGCAAUCUGAGUUUCAUCCUGAAGUUGAGGUCGUUUCUAAGAAGAAGAGUAAAUUGUCGAAAGAGUCAUUAGAAUCGUUGGCAAAGAGCCGAACUCCUCUCGUUACUCUCUCAGCGCAUCAGGAACCGGCAACUUGUUGUUUUUGGUGCCAAGAUAAAUACUCUCAUGAGAUAAUAACUGGAGGUUUUGACAACAGUCUAAAAGUGUUCGAUCUGAAUACGUUGAAACCUCGUGCGUCAUAUACUAGAGAUCGACCUUAUAACACCGUUGACCGAAGUUUCAGAAAUCAGUUAGUUGCUACCGCCUGUUUUGAUACUAAGAUUAGAAUUUACGACAUUCGAGUAGAAAAAGAAGUGAUGGUUGUACAAGCUGCGGAUGCACAUGAUGAAUUAGUUUCGUGCCUUAACUGGUCUCCAGAUAAUGAAAAUCUGUUCAUAUCGGGAUCGUAUGAUACCCUGGUGAAAAUAUGGGACUUCAGGAGUGCCAAAGUUCCGCUGUAUGAUAUAAAGACGUCGGAAGGAAAAGUUUUGAGUUGUCUGUGGCACGAAAGAGACAUUUAUUUUGGCGGAGAGGACUGUAAAUUGUACAGCUUUGCAAAUGCUUCUUGA